GUUGUUCAGGUUUCAUGCAGUAAUUUUGCGUUCUCGAAAGAAGAAAGGUUGAAUUAUGCGUUUGUUUGUGCUUAUUUUACCAACGUAGUUUAAUUGAUUAGUGUAAUAUUCAUCGAAGUCGAACAGUAUCAUUCUAAAAGUGUUUGCAUCUUGAUCAUCGUAGUUUCGCAAUAUUCAGUCAUUGUACUAUGAAUGCACCACCGUUAGCGUAGAUUUAUACGUCUUUUUCAUCAGUACAACAACAGAAUCUAGUUCCAUCUAAAUAACCAUGACGACUGAAGAAAAAUUCAAAGCUGCUGUGAACGUUAUUCGAAAUCUUCCUAAAAAUGGACCAGUACAGCCGUCGAAUCACGUCAUGCUCAAAUUCUACGCGUACUUCAAACAAGCCACCGAAGGACCAAACACAGCUCCCAAGCCAGCUUUCUGGGAUCUUAUCAAGAAAGCGAAAUGGGACGCUUGGGCAAAACUAGGAGAUAUGGAACGCGAGACGGCCAUGAAAAACUACGUAGAAGAGUUCAAAAAGAUCGUCGAGAGUGUCUCGAAUUCAAACAUGGACGUCGAUAAAUCUUCUGUGGAUUCGUUUUACGCUUCAGUUCCGAUGAAAGAUUUAGAAUUAGUCGUCGGUCCAGUCAUUCAGAAAGCUCGUUCAAGAUCCAAUUCUCCUAUACCUGAUGUUUUCUCACAAACUUCAGAUUUACCGCAAGAAAAUGGUAUCGCAGAGAACGAUAAUUCUAAACCUGAUAAAACCGUUAUAGCCAAUGGCGAUAUCAAACAUCCAGUUGUUAAUGGAAAAAACGGUGUUUAUGUUAAUGGAAGUUGUGGUAAAUUCGACGACGAAGACGACGACGAUGAUUUCUUUCUAGAUACUAUUGAGAAUUCCGAUCAAGGAUCUAGAGCUAGACUGACUGAUGAGAGACUUUAUAGAAAUAAUGCUCAAUUAAACUAUGUCAACGGGUACUCUAAUGGAUUCAUUGGUGACAGUAAUAAUAAUAGAAGAUGUUAUUCUGAAAUUGAUAUCGAAACCAGUCAACAAAUUUCGAGAGUAAUUAUAUCGUUGCAAAAAGAUUUGGAAAAAGUUGUUAAAAGUGUUAACCUUAUUGAACAGAGGAUCGGUCAAUUACAAGGAGAGAUUGUUAUGCAAAAAUCCUCCAAGUGGCCGUUUAUGACAUCACAAAAUAUCGUACCUUUCGUCAUAUUAUUCACGUGGCCGGUGAUUUUACAAUUGUUGAUUGUAUGGUUUCGAAGAAAGAAGUAACGCCGCAGAUACCGUAUUCGGGUUUAGGAAUUUAUUUUUAUGUGUCGGUUUACGUUUUGCCUUAAUUUAUCCCUUAUGUGAUAAUUUCGCUUUAUUAACGAUAACACUGUGCAAUAUAAAAUGUGGUGUUUUCGUUGUUUAAAUGAUGACUCUUUGUGUAUUGUGUUUCUUAUACCGAUCCUUAUAUUACCUAUGGCAUCACAAUAUCGUGAAAAUUUAUGCUAGUUCGAGUACCUAAUAUAUUUAAAAAUACUCUGUUCUGUAGAAUAUUUCGUGUAUCCAAGUUACCAGGUUGUAGUGUAAAUGAUUAAAGUAUGGUUGUUGACGACGAACGUGUCGUCUUGUCUUGUACGUACUCGUAUCAAAUACUUCAUUCCAUUACAUAUUACAUUGUUAUACUCCAAGAGCUUUUUUCUCUAAUUUUUUUCAUUUUUAUUUUUAUGUAUUCGUAUAAUAAUUGUUUUGGAAUUUUUAUGCAUUAGAAAAGCAAUAAACGCGGUGUUUAACUAUA